UAUACUUUACAACCACUCCGUUCGAACACUUGUGCACGCCUCCUUUCUAAAUCUAAAAUAUCAGCCAUCUCAAUGACAGUUCAUUGCGAUGGAGUUCUCUUUAGAAACAUCGUCUUCCUUACGUAUGUUAGGAGAUGACUCAAAAAUUGAUGAAGAGAGUUUCAAAGCUAUCCUUAGUGAAACUAUCCAAGACCUAAUGGGAAAUGUGGAUUUACCAUCCACGGCCACAGGCCUAAGUGGUACGAAUACAGCCUGUGAUGGAGGUACAAGGAACUGUUGCCAUGCAGCAUUGACAACUUUGUUGAUUGAGUUUAUAAAAGGAAGUCAUAGUAGUACUGUUUUUUCUUCUGCCCUUGAAGAUUUGAAUUGGUCAACAGAUCGAGUUGAGAAAACCGUGGCAAGUUUAGACAUGUGUCGUCCUGUGAUCCGCUCGAAAUUAGCCUCCACUGGAACAUAUCCACCUCACGUAAUCGACGUUGAUUGGAAAUUAAACUAUAGAGUGAGAAGCAGUACAGGGGAAGAAGGUGGUGGUGCCAUGUACCUCAUUACUCUUCACACUGAAGAAGCAGAUGGCCAACAAGGAAAAGUUACAUUUUCAUGUUCUUUGUCACAGCUUACCCAUCUUGUUACAAGUUUAAGACAAGCUAGCAGGUGUAUUCAAAAAUAUGCCAGUAAUAGCUGAUUAAAUAAAUGAUUAGGCAAUUAUUGUUACAACAUAUUAUUGCUCAGUCAAUCAUUGUUGGUGCUAGACUCCUCUCUUAUCUAGAAUUUUCAAGUUAAUUAAGUACCUUAAAGGCCAUUGAUUUCACUAAAGCAUUUGACAAAGAAAUUUACACACACACACAGGCAGUCCCGUGUUAUCGGCAGGGGUUCUGUUCCAAUGACUUGAUGAUGAGCAAAAAUUGCUGAUAACUGAAAAUCAGCAAUUUAUGGCGCUUAUUGCAUUGACAACCGGUUAAUUGUGCCUCUAUUAGGUAUGCAUCGGCACCUCUAUUUUCGGUGCUUGCAACUGGAAAUUGGCACAUUAUCGUGCCAAGAAUCGCCUAUUUUCCACCCUCCAAAAAAAUCAUUGAUUUUUUGGCACUAGAGAAGCUCCAUAAAACCAAAUCCCCAGUAACCAAGUCUGCCGAUAACUG